AUGAGUACCUGCGGAGUCCUCCCCGCCGUGACCCUGCACUGCAUGGGUGAACAGGAGGCAACGGCAGUCGCGUCUGUUGCUGGAUCAUGGCAGUACGCCGAUUUGCAGCGCGGAACAAGCUCUAUCCCGUCCGUCAUUCGCUGCGUGAAUGCUCAGUCAGAUUCUCUGGUUCCAUCGGCUGGCAUGGCCUCACUAGCCAGUUCAGCUAAAGGUCUUCUCGUGAACGCGGACCAGCUUACAGCGGCCACUGACCUGUUCACCAGCAGUUCCGCUAGUCAACAGCGGAUGUCGCAGGAUUCACUGAUUCAGACGCGGGAUUCGCAGCCUCCACCGCGGGAUUCCCAACCUCAGGCGCCGGAUUCGCAACAAGAGUCACGGGAUUCACAAGCCCAGUCCCAGGAUUUGCAACUUCAGUCUCAGGGAAAGAGCGGCUGGUCGUCGGUGGUGGUCCUCGGCUCAGGGCUCAGCGUCACAGCCAUGGCAGGAGCGCACAUGGCGGCAUACGGAUCGCCCACAUAUAUCCUGGACCUGCUUUCCUCGCUGGGAUUGUCAGCUGAUAUCAGGGUUCUCGAGGCCUCAGCGUUCUCGCUGUGGCACCUGUCGAACGGCGCCGACAAUCAGGUGUCGCUGCUCAUCUUAUUCCUCAUGACGGCCCUCUGUGCAGCCGCCGCUGCCACCCUCAAGCUCUCCCCCCUGCCCGCAGCUCCACGGGCGACCAUUUCCUGCAGUGAGAGCGAGAGCGAGAGCGAGCAGAGCAGCAUGGCUACUAGCGCCAGCAGCACUACCCCGGAGGUGUCUGCCUGCGAGCGCGUCGGCCAGGAGGAAACGAAGGUCGAGGCGACGCCGAGCUCGAGCGGCGCCGGUCGCUCGUCGGCUUGGUUCUCCUUCUCCUUCUCCAGCCGCUCGGCCACCCCGCCGCCGGCUAGCACUUCGUCUACCUGCACCCCUUCUCCCCAUGUCGUCCCGGAAUCCGUCGUUGCACAAAGCACCAUGGAGCCUAGCAUUAGCAGCAGCAACAACAGCGGCAGCAGCAGCAGUGGUGGUUUUUUCCCGUCCAGCAUCAGCCUGCCCGGGUACUGGUUCCCAUUCUCCUCCUCCUACACAUCCUCUGCCACGCCCUCCCCUUCACCAGCGCAGUCCGACUCGUCGACAGUGUCAGGAGCUGAAUCGACGGUCGGCAGCGAGAAGUCCGUCACAUCCCUUCCCCCGCUCAUAGCGGCAUCGCCGAUGCCCCUCGCAGCCCCGUCCGCGGGCCUGGGCGUGUCGUCGACGCGUGCGAGCGCGUUUCUUCGCCUGGAUUCGGACGACGAUCUGAGCGACGUGUCGAGCGACGAGGAGGAGGAGGAGGAGGAGGAGGAGGGGGAGGAGGUACGGGAGCUCGAGCUUCGGGCGGAGGAAGAGGUGAAAGCGGUGGGCCUGCCGCUGUCCCGUAGCCUGCCGAGCAGCCUCUGCCUGACGUUGCCUCGGAGCAUGAGCAUGAAUCUUUCCAGCAGCAUCUCUCUGGGGCUGAGCAGCGCCAGCAGCGCGAGCAGCAGCGCGUGGAGCAACGUGGCGCAGUGGUCGCAGAGCGUGAUGAAGUCGCCUGUGUCGCUGUCGCUCGGAGAAUCGCCUGCCGUGCUCGUCAGGAGCCUGUCGCAGCUCUUCUCUUCGGCGUCACGGUCCAUGGCUGCUCUGCCCACGGUCCAUAGCGAGUCAUGCCUCGAUGAUAUGAGCACCGUGUCCGACCCAGCGCCCCUGCGCCUCAUCAACAGCGACCCCGCGGAGCUGCGAGACCGCGCCAUGGGCUUCCCCGGGCCCGCCGACCCUGCCCUGGCGCGCCUGCACGCCGCGGACGCGCGCGCGGUGGAGGCGGAGCUGCGGGAGGCGACGGCGCUGGUGGGCACGCGGGACCUGGCGGCGCUGAUGCUGCGGCUGGACUGGUCGUACGACGACGAGCAGGGCCCGUGGGAGAUGAUCAUUGACAAGCACAGCACCGACGUCGAGUACUUGACGUGGCGCCGCGACCCGCAGGACGGAGGUGUGACGGAGUACCGGUCGCGCAUUCGCUUCAUUGGCGCAACUGCGCGAGACACUUGUGCCUUCUACACGGACUGCGCCUACAUGCCGCGCUGGGACCCCAUGCUGCGCUCCAUGGCGCCUCUCCUCGCCUGCCCCGCCACCGGCGUGCAGAGCGCGCGCUUCGAGCGCAAGUACCCCUUCUGCGCGCCCCGCGAGUAUGUGCUCGCGUGGCGUGUGUGGCAGCAGGGCGGCAGUGGGGAGGCAGCGGGGGGGGUGCAGGGCGGUGGCGAGGGCGACGGUGAGACGUUCUUCUGUAUCACCAAGGCGGUGGAGGAUGUUAACGUGCCCAGGAAGAACAAGCCACGGCGCGUGGACGUGUACCGAUCCGAGUGGCGCAUGAAAGAUGUGGUGCUCCCGGACGGCAGGAUAGCAGCAGAGAUGGACAUGGUGGUGCAGGAGGACAGUGGCAUGCAGAGAGACAUGGCCAAACUGGCAUACCGUCGAGGAGCUUGGGGCUACAUCCGCAGCACGGACUCUCACCUGCGCGCUUACAUCAAGGAGCACAGCCCCUCGCAUGGCAAGCCGCCAGCUCACAGUGCCAUGCUGGAGCAAGCAGCGAGCGCGUCACCACCUCGCGUUAUGCCUCCGCUGUCUGUGGUUAAGCAGGUGCCGUCUCACCUGAUCCCUGAGGGUAAACCGGAUGCUGCCUUCCACGCUCAUUGCCGCCAGACCGCCACUGCUGCUCCUAGCUUCGACAUGGCAGCAGCAGUAGCAGAGGCCCAGAAGUUGCAUGCGGUUGGCACUGCAGCUCUGCACACAAGUGCGGGUGAUUAUCAGGCAGCAGCUGGAAGCCCCGCAAUCGAGGGUGUGGAUUGUCAGACACAGCUAGUACAUGAGGAACAGCAGCACCAGCAAAAGAGGGAUAGGCGGUUUAGGCCACUGGCAGCAAUUCGGCAUUUGCUCAUGCCAGCAGCUACAGUAGCUGCUGUUGGGCUAGGCGGUGGCGGAUUGCUGUGCCUGAAUGGUGGAGCUGUGGGGACCGCCUCAAAGGUGCUGCUCGUUCUCACUGUCCGCUCCUUGGUGUUGCGACCUCGUGCUUCUUCAACUAUUGAAUCUCGUUGCCUGGCGCACCGUCCACGUGGCAUGGAGCGAUCUUUCCAGAGCGCGCAGCACAACUCCAGCGGCCACAACCAGUCUGCAUGGCGGCAGGAGCCGACGGGUUAUUUUGCGGAAGAUGACAAACCGGCGGAUUCGGCGACACCUCACCUCCGAGGCCCUGUGCGAAGCUUCAAGUCGUCGACGAGCGACAAGAGUCGCGAGCGUCGCACGUCGCGCGAGCGCGGAGAGGAGCACGGUGGGAGGCACGACUCUGGGGAGCACCGGCAACGACACGCGCAGCAGCAGCAGCAGCGUGAGGAAGGCGCGGACAGACACUACACGGCGUGGGAGGAGGAUGAGCCGUAUCAGCAGCAGCAGCAGCAGCGGCGCGAGGAGCGGUCCCGCCAGCACCGCCCGCACGGCGGACGUGCGCACACGAGCUUCCGCGCUGCGCCCGCAGGUGCGGAAGAAGAGGCAGUGUGGGAAAGGCCGAAGCAUCGCGAGAGGCGGUGUGAGAGGGGAAGAACAAACGACAAAGAGUGGGGGUGGGAGGAAGGUGAGGAGAUCGGCGAAGGAUGGGAGAAAGACCGGAGUUUUGAGAAGGGAAAUUUUGCGGGCGCGGAGGAGGAGGAGGAGGCGGAGGAGGGGGAGGAGGGGGGCGUAGCAGGCGUGGAGAAGGUACGCGGGCGCGCGAAAGAAAUUCCCGCCGACGGUCACGGCCUCUCGAAUGAGGGUGCAGGAGUGGGACUGGAGGAAGGGGAGCUAUCGGAAGGCGAAAUUCCAGUGCAAGAUCGCGAUCACGACGAGGGCGAGCACGAGGGCGGGCCUGCGGCGCGGCCACACUCCCGGGACGAACCGCUUCCGCAUAAUUUUGGAGGCGGACAGUCGGCCAAGGAGCGCGCGCGGGAUUCGGAAUCGGGGAGGCGGAAUGCAGAGAAACAUGCGCAAUUGCCCGCGCGGGAGCAGCGCUGCUGGAGUGGGGGUUCUGCUGAGUGGGAGGAGCAGGGGGAGGACGGGUGGAAGUUGCGCAUUCACGGUGAGGGAGGCAGCAGGGACGACAAAGAGGAGGAGGAUGAGGAGAAAGCGGUGAAAGAGGUGAAAGUUGAGGAGGAGGAAGAGGAGGAGGGUCAGGUGGAUGCGGGUUACGGCCACGGGGAGCAGUGGUGGCGGGAGCAGGAGCAGAUGCGACGCAGGAGCGAGGAGCGGGAGCGCAAGGAGGAGCGAAACGGUGGCGAGUCUGGCGAGGCGGAGAGGGGGCGGCGUGCGCAGUGGGGCGGGAUGGACGCGGAGCAGGGCUCCCGCGGACACCACCCCCAGCGGUCCUUCUCCCGCCGCGCGCAGGGCGAGGCGCAGAGGGGUCGCACGCACAGAGAGGGCGGCGCUGAAGGUGACGGCGACGGCGAGCGUCACUGGGUGACGGGUGCGGCGAUGAGCAAGGGAGGAAGGGGCGACGAGGAGGGCAUGUGGCGGGGCGUUGAAAGGGUGGGCGCAGGAGAGGAGGUGGGCGGGGUGAGGGGUCAGAUGAUCGUGAAGCAGGAGGAGGAGGAGGAGGAGGAGGAGGAGGAGAGGGAGGAGGGACAGCAUGUUGAUGCUCGGAUGGAGGAGGGGGAGGGGGUGGGGUACGAGCAGGAGAGGGAGCGCAGGCGACACAGGGAGAGGCGGCAUGAGGAGAGGCGUGAGCAUCGAGGCGAGAGGGGGGGAGACAAGGAGGAUGCGCAGCGAGGGGAGGGGCAUCGGCAUAAGAAGAAGCGGAGGAGAUCGAGGCACGAGCAGGAUCGUGAGCACGAGCAUGAGUACGAGCAAGAGCAGGAGCAGCAUUUGGAGCACGGGUAUGAGCGCGAGGAGGGCGAGCGGGAUCCGCGUGAGAGAAGCCGGGAGUAUAGGGAGGGCAGGCGCGGCGUGCCGAGCGAGGGAGAUCACUAUGAUGGGAAGGAGGGCGGAGAUAAGGCGGGAAGGAGACGGCACAGGGAGAGGCAGUGGGGGAGGGAGGGUGCAGAGGAGCAGGAAGGGAGAAUGGCGGGUGGAUCAGGGUCGUCUGAGAGGAGGGCGAGAUCCAGGGAGCGGUGGUCGUCCAGGGAGAGAGGCGUGUCGCGGGAGAGGGGCGUUUCGCGGGAGAGGGGGGAGAGAAUUGGUUCGCGGGAGAGGGACUUGGGUGGUGAGAGAGGCACGUCGAGGGAAAGGGGUGUCUCGAGGGAAAGGGGCGCGUCGAGGGAGCACGGAGCGUGGAGGGCCAACGCAGGGUCUGCUUUGGAAGCCAGUGUCCCAUUUCCUCAGUUUCCACAGGCGCACGUGGGGCCUGCUGAGAAGCCAUGGGGUGCACAGGCCGCACAAGAAGCUGAUGCGGCUGCUGCUGCCGCCGCUGCCGCUGCCGCUGCUGCCGCUGCUGCUGCUGCUGCUGCCUCUGCUGCUGCAGCUGCUGCUGUCGGCGGUGCUGACAGAGGCAGCGCUGCUCCCGGUGGUGUUGUCGGUGGCAGUGGGGGGAUCAACGCUCCAGCCAAGGCUAUGGAUGGAUCCAGGCACCGCGAUCCCGCCGCUGCAGCUGCAGCAGGAGUGGGCGUUGGUGUUGGCGGAGUGACCAGCGCCGCCGCAGCCCUCCUGUCAUCCAUCAAGCUGCCAGAAUUCGUGCGGGAAAUCUCAGGAGACCUCAACCCCGAGGUUCAAGCACUCAACAUCCGCCUUCUUGAAAUCAACAAGAAGCUCCAGGCGGGGAAUCUGGCUGGGGAUUCUGCUGCGGGGAUCGAAGGCGCCAUGGCUGCUGCACUUGGGCUCACAGACGAUCGGGCGGUGGAGCGGUCCCCGUCGCCCGAGCCGAUAUACGACAACAUGGGCGUGAGAGUGAACACGCGGGAGCAGCGCGUGAAGGAGAAGCUGAUGCGGGAGCGGCAGGAGGUGAUUGCGGAGAUGAUAAAGAAGAACCCCGGGUUCAAACCGCCUGCGGAUUACAAGCCGCCCAAGUACUACAAGAAGCUAUUCAUCCCCAUGAAAGAAUACCCUGGGUAUAACUUCAUUGGGUUGAUUAUCGGGCCGCGCGGCAACACACAGAAGCGCAUGGAGAAAGAGACAGGGGCCAAGAUUGUGAUCCGGGGGAGAGGGUCGGUGAAGGAGGGGCGGGCGGCGAAGGGAGGGAGGGAUUUCAAGCCUGACCCGGCAGACAAUGAGGACCUGCAUGUGCUGGUGGAGGCGGAUAGCGAGGCAGCUCUUAACGAGGCGGCAGGCAUGGUGCAGAAGCUGCUGGUUCCUGUGGACGAGGGGCACAACGAGCACAAGCGCGCCCAGCUGAGGGAGCUUGCGGCCCUCAACGGCACGAUCCGAGAGGAGGAGCUGGUGUGCCGGCUGUGCGGGGAGCAGGGCCACAGGCAGUAUAACUGCCCUGAGAGGCACUCGACUUUCCGGUCGGAAGUCACGUGUACGAUCUGCGGGGAUGGGGGGCAUCCCUCUGUUGAUUGCCCCAUGAAGGGCACGGGCGGAGGGGGCGGAGGGGGAGCGCAGGGGCAGAAGCUUGAUGAGGAGUAUAUGUCGUUUCUGGCUGAGGUGGGGGGGGGCGUGGGGGGCCCGAUUGGGGGAGAGGGUGGGGAUGGCGGUGCAGGGGGGCGUGGGGGAGGGGAGGAGCGCGGAGGAGGAUGGGGAGGCGGGGAGCGAGGGGAGAGGGGCGGUGAGCAGGGCGGGGGUGGGGAUCGUGGUGGGGGAGGGGGCAGGGGGUCAAGCCGAGUGGAAGACGACUGUAAUCUCUACGUGGGGUACCUGCCUCAGUCUGUGGACGAUCAAGCGCUGUACUCUCUCUUUGCCCCGUAUGGGCGCAUUCAGGAGACCAAGAUAAUCCGCGACCGCAACACGGGCAUGAGCCGGGGGUUUGGGUUUGUGCGGUUUGUGGAGAAGCAGGCGGCAAUGGCGGCGACGCAGGGGCUGAAUGGGUACCGCAUGGAGGGGAAGACCAUAGUCGUGCGCUCCACUGCCAAGAACCAGCAGGGCAGCGGCCCUGGUGGUCCCGGCGGGCCUGGAGGGCCAGGGGUAGUAGGGUCAGCAGCGGGCGGUGGUGGUUCGGGUGGUGCUGGUCCCCAUGGCCCGCCUGGUCUACACGGCCCCUCCGGCCCCCCUGGUCCCCCUGGUCCCCCUGGUUCGUAUGGGCCUUCUGGGCCUUCCGGUCCUCCUGGCGCUGCUGCUACUGGUGGUGCUGGUCCUCCCCCGCCUGGCCCCCAUGGUCCCCCUCCCCCGCACAUGGCCCCUCCCCCCAUGCGCCCCCCCUAUGGCCCCCCUCCCCCUUACCCUCCACCUGGGUCUGUGGACCCGUCUGCUCCUCCUCCCCCAUGGGCUCACCCUCCUGGUGGCCCCCCUCCUCCCUUUGGGCUCUGUGGUCCACCUCCUCCUGGCAACGUCCCUCCUCCCUAUGCUCCUCCUGGGUAUCCCGAAGGUGUUCCCCCGCCGCCUUUCCCCCCGUAUGGCCCAUCAGGCCCUCUUCCAGGUGCCUAUAUGCCGCAUGCAUUUGGUUCGGAUUAUCCCCCCCCUCCUGGUGCGUACCCUGAAUUGGUGGGCCCGCCUGGAGUGUAUGAGGACGUGGAUUUGCCUCCUGGGACUUCCACCCCGCCUCCUGGUGCGCCUAGCGAGGUGGGCACAGCAGCAGGGCCCCCUCCUGGCAUGGAGCUUUCGUGCCCCCCUGCUCUCUAUCCCCAUAUGGAUCCUGCAGCAGCAGCGGCGGCGGCACAACAACCUUCAUGGGCGCCCACGUCUGCAGCGGCAGCAGCAGCUAUGGCAGCAGCAGUGUCAGCGGGUGCAGUCAAGGGGGGGGUGCACAUGCCAACUGCUGUUCCUGGGCUGGGGGUGCUGGUGGAAAUGCAGGUGGUGGUGCCCAGUGAGCAGGGAUGUGCUUUUUGCACAUGUGCAAGCCUCUGGAGCCAGCCUGUGCGAAUAUGCUGGGAAGAAUUGAGUGGUGCUGAUAACUACGAAGAGAAGAGCAUGGAUGGAUUCUGUUGA